GAUUGAUCAGUCUAUCCUACUAUUACUUCCACAUCGUCGUCGACGCCCUCAGCCUUGCUUCGCGUGGUAUCUAUUCUGAGAUACACCUACUCGCGAUGGCCUCCCAGGAUACACUCCGGGAUUCAGGGCAAUCGGCUGCUGCUAUUAAAAGCCGCAGUGUGAGCCCCUCAGCCCAUCCGCAGCAGCAAUACAAUACCGCUUCGCCCGGCCUGACCCUGGAUCCGUCCUUCGCUGUCGCAUCUUACCAAGCCGCUGCGUCCUUCAAUGUCAACCCCAAUUCGAAUUCUCCAGGUGCCGAGUCCUACAGCUAUACCGCCGGCGGCUACCUCUCCCCUACCAGCGCGCAAACGCGGGCCCCGCCCGAUCAAGCCUUCUCUCACAGCCUCCAACUGCCGCAGUCCUUCGAUCCGGGUCUAGUCAAUCAGCUUGAGCACUCAUCAGGCCUCUCGCUACAAACCCAGCAUCAGCAACACCAACAGCCCCCCGAGGAAAACUUUUCCACCUUGUUGAACUCAAACCCUGCCGAUUUCGACUUCUCCCUCUACCCAAAUCACAGCCCCAACAGCACCACCGCGCCCGACUACGACUCCUCGCUGAUGCUUGACACUCAGAUGCAGGGGCAUCCACGACAAGUAAAUCAGGCGGUCAACCCGGCCGAUCUGGUCAGCCAGAUCUCUUCCCCUCACGCCGCAGCCUCUCCGCAGAUAUCUCCGCAGGAACAACAGCCUCAUCAUUCGUCCCCCGGCCCUAUGUCCCCUCCGGGCGCGACGCCAGGGACAUACUAUACCCCACAGCACUCCCGCCAUACAUCGUUGGAUCCGGCCAGUGCUGCGUACUUGACAGGCAAUUCGCAUUCGGAUUGGCAGAGCGUAAUGGGCAAUGCUGCUUUCCAGGGCCAUCGACGCGCCCCGUCGGAGGUGUCAGAGGUGUCAUCCGCCGCGCCUUCUCCGUAUAUGUCACAGCACGAAUCAUUUGACGGGGUGGAUAAUAACCCAUCCCCGCUCUUGGCGCCUCAGACGAACGACCCUGGGCUAUACGAUAACGCUCUCGGUAUCGAAACCUUCACCCUGUCUGAGCAGCAACAGCAGCAACAUCACCAGGGCAUCAGCCCGGCUCACAGCCCGUACAUUUCCCCGCAACUUAUGCCCCAGCAGGGAACCGAACUUAUCCCUACCAUGCCGUAUAUCUCUGCCCCUGCGGGGAGCCGAUACUCAUGUCCUCCUACGGAUAUAUAUGGCAAUGGAGCGGAAGGCGUCCUCAAUAUGUCGCAGGGAAACGCCCUUGCCGGGGACAUAGGUCAAGCGUCACAGAUGGCGCCGCCAUCUAUUAAUGUAGAGUUUGCGCCGCCUGCUAGAAACCCAAUAUUCCCCCCAGCCAAGCCAGCGGCCGAUCUAGACUCAUUGAGCCCGCCUCCUUCUAUGCGCUCUCGCAUGCGCAGUAAAUCCGACCCCUACGCCCACCCGGCUUCUCGUUCACGGUCUCCCGUGUCAGUCUCGAGUAGCCUGGAGCCUUUGGCUCCGUCGUCACCACGGUCGUUGUCGCCCUUCGACUCGAUGGGCCGCCAGCCGCAUAGCAACCCCUCGUCCCGGGAUCCUUCACCCUCCCGGUCCGGUCGUCGUCUGUCUACGUCAUCAAUCGACAGCCGCAACUACAUUCUGGGUCUCGCCGAUCCUCAGCGACCUGGAGCAAGCCCUAACGACUCCAAGCGCGUCCAGAAACAUCCCGCUACAUUCCAGUGCCAUCUUUGCCCCAAGCGUUUCACCAGAGCCUACAAUUUACGGUCCCACUUGCGAACUCACACGGAUGAACGGCCUUUCGUCUGCACCGUGUGUGGGAAAGCAUUCGCUCGGCAACACGAUCGCAAAAGGCAUGAAGGCCUACACUCCGGAGAGAAGAAGUUUGUCUGUCGUGGCGAUCUCUCACGGGGCGGGCAGUGGGGAUGUGGUCGCCGAUUUGCUCGCGCAGAUGCUCUGGGUCGUCAUUUCCGAUCAGAAGCGGGCCGAAUCUGCAUCAAGCCACUGCUAGAUGAAGAGUCUCAAGAGCGAGAGCGCUCACUCAUGGACCAGCAACAGCAACAGCAUACGGGCCACUUACAGCCGGUGCCGCCACCUCUCAUGGUGCCUGGAAUGGACGGUCAGCAUGCCAACGGAUUUGUUCUCCCAGCCGCGCUGCUGGCACAAUACCCGGCCCUACAGAACCUGCAGUGGGAUCAGAUUACUGCGUCGGCAGAUGAUCCCAGUGACAUUGGGGGCCGUAGCAGCUUUGACGCUAGCUCUGGCGGCGAGUUCGGGUACGACGACGACGAAUCCAAUCUCAGUAGUGUCUCUGGAAUGAGUGGAUACGGAAGUCCCCAGGAUAAUCUCUAUGUGAUGAAUAAUCAGAAUCAAAUGCUGAAUGUCAACCCUGGGGACUCGGGGUAUGUCAACCCCGAAUGGAGGGACCAACAAUGAGUGGUCUUCUUAACUGACCUUUACUUGGUCUUUAUAUUUCGCCUGAUCAUCGUCUUCUUUUUCUUCCCAUUUUAAGUUCAAUUUUUUUCCCUUUAACUUCAUACACAUCCCAUUUUUUCUCAUUUCUUCUAGCCGAU